GAAGGACGGGGAUUGGCUGGCAGCAACGCCUGUUGUGCGGCGGUUGUCGCCGAAGGUGCCCGGCGCCGGCUGGUGUCAAUUCUUACUUCAGUCUGGGUCACGCGCCCUUUGCUUUUGGUUCGUGAGUUUCUUCCCUUUUUCUCGCUCGCCUUGCUGCGGCUCCUAAUCUUGUGUGAGCAGGACCAUGGCGGAUCAGGGUAACAGGGGCCCGUUAAUAAGUGAAAUCAGACAACGUUUUGAGACAGAAUAUUUAUCAGCAAAAAGAGAUAAAUAUGAUUCCAGAGAUAUAGAAAGAUUGCAUCAAGAUGAUAUCUGGGUUGAUAAUUUCUUAAUAUGGCGAGAUGAUAUUGUGGAUGAUACACUGAAGAUGAUUGAUGAAAGCUUUCAGUGGAGGAAAGAGUAUGCAGUUCAUGAUUUGACUGAAUCUUCUUUUCCAAAAUUGAUACUUGAUGUUGGUGCUAUUUACCUACAUGGUUAUGAUAAGGAGGGCUAUAAAAUAUUUUGGUUCCGAGUGAAAUUACAUACAAAAGAUUCUAAAACACAAUUUGAAAAAAAGAAACUAGUAGCCUUUUGGUUAGAGCGCUAUGCAAAAAGAGAAAAUGGAAAGCCAUUGACAGUGGUGUUCGACAUGGCUGACACUGGACUGAGUAAUAUCGACUUUGAUUUUGUCCGGUAUAUCAUUAGCUGUUUUAAAGUAUAUUAUCCUAAUUUUCUCACAAAAAUUGUGAUUUUUGAAUUGCCUUGGGUAAUGAAUGCUGCUUUUAAAAUUGUAAAAAAUUGGCUGGGUCCAGAAGCAGCCACCUUGUUGAAGUUGACCAAUAAGAAUGAAAUCCAGGAGUACAUAACUGCUGAAUACCUACCACCUUAUAUGGGUGGGACUGAUGCUUUCAAAUACAGUUAUCCUCCAUUAGUUGAUGAUGAUUUCCAAACUCCAUUAUGUGAAAACGGACCUAUUACUAGUGAAGAUGAAGCUGAAUGCAAAGAAGUAGACACCAAUAACAAAGACAACUUAGACACUACUGAAGACCAAGCACUCAAUUCAAAAAAGGGAAAUACUUCAGAACAAACUCCAAAAUCAGAAGAGUGUGACAAAUUAGAUUCUAAAACAAAAAAUGCCAAGAAAGCACUUACCACUUUUAAAGGAUCUUUAUUGCAUAUCAGUCCGGCAGAGGAAUUGCAUUUUGGGUCCAAAGAAACUGCAGAGAAGAAAUGUUUGAUAGUUCUGACAAAUGUUACUAAAAAUGCUGUGGCAUUUAAGGUGAGAACAACUGCUCCUGACAAGUACAGAGUAAAACCAAGUAACAGCAGUUGUGAACCUGGUAUUUCAGUAGAUAUUGUUGUAUCUCUUCAUGGGGGUUGUGCUGCUUCUUUGCAAGACCGUUUUCUAAUUAUGGCAGCAGAAAUGGAACAGUGCUCUGGAACAGGAGCACAGGAACUAUCUCAAUUUUGGAAAGAAAUUCCUAGAAACAAAGUGAUGGAGCAUAGGUUAAGAUGCCAUGUUGUAGAAAGUAGCAAGCCUUCUUCUUUAACCAUAAAUGAAAAUGCCUUUAACAAUCCUUCAAAAACCAAUGAAGAUUUACACUUUCAGUUAAGGCAACUACUACAAGCUAAUAAAAGACUUCAAGAACAGAUUGACCGUUGUGUCUGGUUCCAACAAGUUACACUUUUCCUAAUCUUUAUCCUAGUCACUAUUGUUUGUUUCUUUAUGUUGUGUGCUCCAGGAAGCGAAAUAUAAUGUCCCUUCUAUGCAAUUGUGCUGUAAAAAGGCAAAGAACCAGUAUUACUCUAUGGGCCCUCCUUAUUGGCCAAAUGUGAGAUCUGUAUAGGUUUUCUUAAAAAAUAAAAAAGGAAUAAUGUGAUCUUUGCCUUUAAUCAGCACAUAUGAUUUUGUUAAUUUAUUACAAAGUUAAAAAAACAAGGUAAUAAGAGAGUCUUUCCACUGGACACCGUAGUAACUUAUUUCUGUCAUGCAGAUAAAUUGCUUAAUUUCCUUUGAAAUGUAAUUGGGGAAUAGCAGACUAGAAUUUCAUUUACCAUAAUGUCCUGGUGUCUAAGUACCAUCAUGGCCCAUGAAUGUACAGUUUAAAACUGAAGAACUCAUUCCUAAUUCUUAUUCAUAUCUUCCAGAAAUAUUGCACCUAUUUUACACUCAACUAUUUGCAGUCAAUAUAGCCCUAUUACCCAGAGGUGGCUGCCAGAGUUCCAAAGAUAUCCUUAUAAGACUCUUGUAACUUGUUUCAUGUAGAAAGGUGCUAUAUACAGUACUAUGAUUUCAGUAUCUUUUUUAGUGAAAAUGUGUCUAUAACGGUCACACUUUGAUCUCAAUUUCUUGUUGCAGUAUUACUGAAUACAUUUUGGAGUAAUCUUGGGAUAACUGCUAGAAUAUUAUAAAUUAUGAUUCCUACAGUUUGGAAUGAAAGAUAUAUAUGAAAAUUCAUGAAAACAAGCAUAAUUCUGAAACAUUUUUAAAAAAUGAAUAAAUAUCUCUCAAAUAUUCCUUAGGCUCAACAUUUCAUGAAAAUUAAUGGAAGCUGAUAAAUAUCUAUCAGCUACCCACAUUUAUUAAUGUGGAAUCUUUUUUUGUUUGUGUCAAGCUGAGACAAAAUGUAGAUAUAUGGUUCAAAGCAAGCCUUAAAAUCAGUUCUGAAGGUUUUUGUCACACUGCAAAAUACUGUAAAACAGAGGUGGGGAACGAAGGCACCCACCCCUGUAAAAUAUAAAUCUAGAACAUACCAUAUCUAAAAAUUUGUCAUUUGCCAUUUUGCAAAUGAAGUAAACAUUUGUACACAGAAAUUUUUGUUACAUUGUCAGAGGAUUCAUUAUUUUAAAAAUCUCAUAUUACCGCAAAUUCUCCAUAUGUAGGAAAACUGGCAUUCAGCGCAGAACACAUUUUUGUUAUAAAAUGCAACUGCUGUUAAAAAUGUACAGCUUGAUAGUACUGCUUACACUUUUUUCCUCGAUUAGUCAUUGCCAUUGUAAUUAGGACACUUUUAAUGCAUUCCUACAAAUAUAUAAGGUUUCAAAAGGCUUGUGCACUUAACUAUAUUGGAGGUGCAGCUUUAAUGGGUAUAAUUAUGAUUUGUUCAUUCUGCUGGUAACAGAAGACUAAUUUGGAAGACCCCAUUUUAAAAAAUACUGCCCUGCUGUCAUUGAGUCUAGUUCAACUUAUUUUUACUCCUAGAGAAAUACUGAAACUAAGAAUUUUAUCAAAAGGCAUAAUAAUUGGCAGGGCAAUUUCAAUCCAGAACAAUUAAUUGUGUAACAAUUACUUGUGUAAUAAUGAAAUAUAUUUCCAAAGUUACCUUUUGUGUUCCUGGAUCUAUUCUAUACUGAUUUGUCAUGUUUAGCUGUUGAUCACAGGCUACACAAUUUUCUGGGAGUCACUCAGGUUAUCCUCUCUAUUAAAAAUAUAUAUACCACUUUCAUUUCCACAAGGAAGCCAAACUGUUCGAAUCAUUUGUUUCUCAUCUCAAAUCUGAGGCAUGUGUGCUUUCAAUAAAUUUCUGCCAUAAAAAUUCUUCAGUAAGAUAAUUAUAGAGGAUCAUUCUAGUCUUAAAUGUUAAAAAUAUUUUUAGAAAAUACUUGCCAUAAGUUGGAAUGAAAUUAAUUGCACUUUAUUGAAUAUUUUCCUGAUAUAUCCAUAAAAAUGUCAAAUAUUGAUAUUCUGGUGCUUAAAUAUUUUCAGUAUUUUAUAACUUGUAGUCAUAUUUUCUAUGUGAAAUUUAGUAGGUAUUUUCUAUUUUAAUAUGUUACAGAUAAAUAAUUCAAAUUGUGAAAUAAAUUAGUGUUCACUGCAGUUCUUAAAAAAAAACCCUACAAUUUUAAUACAUUUUCAAAGCUAUAACCCUUUUCUUGCACUUCAGUAUAAUCUGUAUUUAAAAUGUAGUAUUAAACCGCCUUCCACUUUACCUGGUUUUGUUUGUCAUCAAAGGACUAGUUUUGUGUUAUUUAUACUUUAUAGGCCCAGAAGAAGUCUACAUGAAUUAUUAAUUUACUUCAAUAGAUUUGAGUGAAAAUUUAACCUUAGUAUGCAGAUUGUGAACUAUUACCUGAUGCAGUGUUUGAACACAAUGGGAUGAAACUCUAGGUUUGUGACAGUACAGCUUUUUAAAAGAAUGAAGGUAAAUGGGUUCAAUCAUCUGACCCCAAUUAAUAAUAUAAGAAGUCUGUUGGAUAUUGUAGUACAUUAUAGUUGGACUAGGAUAAUAUUCCCAUUUCAUAAGCAUAUGUUUAGAAGUAUGCAAAAUCCUUCAAAUUUAAAAAAAGUAUGGAGUAUGACACCCUGGAAUUUUGUUCUCCAUAUUGGGACUCCUUGAGAUGGGGUGACCCACCCUCUCUGCCAGCUUUCCAAUUCACUUGUGGGAAGUUAGCAGGGAAGGUCGCAAGUGGCAGUCAUGUAACUGCAACUGUCAUAAGUAUGAACCAGUUACCAAGUGCCCAAAUUGCAAUCGUGACUGCAGGGUGCUGCAAUAGCUAGAACUUAAAAGACCAGUCAUAGAUACCAUUCAUGGAGUGUUAUGUGUACAGUCACUGAAUGAAUGGUCACAACUCAAACUACAUUUUUAUCCCAAAUCAUCCUGUGUAAAGCCUAUUAAGUUGGUCAGUCAGUUAUGAAUUUAGUCAGGAAAGCAUGAUAGUUCAAACUAUCUGUUUAUUUAAUAUUUUUAGCUGGUUUUAAGUCCCUUAGUUUUGUCUACAGUCCAGAGUUCACUGGAUGUGGACAGUCAAUAAAUUUAAAUGAAAUAAAUAUCCUUACUACAAGGUAUGACAUCACAAUUGUAGCAUCUGCUUAGGUUAUAACUUAAUAUUGUUCUUCCUUUGCUUUUUUAUACUCGUGGCUGAAAGAUACCCCGAAGUAUUUCAUGAAAUACUUAAAAUGAAUUAUUAAAAAUGGAAAUAGGAUAAAAUGCUUCAGAAUCAGAAUUAGGUUAGUUCUGGUAAGUGACUUUACAUGAAAUUUAGCACAAUGACAAGCCUCCAAAUUUCAAUAGACAGAGUAUCUUUUACUUGAGAGUAAAACUCCUAUUCUGAAAUGAUUGUUGCAACACCAGUUAUGCCUAACUGCAAACAAAUGACUAAACAAUUUUUUAUAAAAUGUCAUUUCAGAUACCUAUUAUUUUAAGUAAUUGUGUUUGAUACAAUUAAUACCUUAUUCUGCUGCCAAUCAAAGGAGUUGCAUUAUACUGUAACAAAAAUUUUAAAAAGCACUGUAAGGAUUAAGUUAUUUUUAAUAAAAUUGAUGUGUUUUGAGCCUACAAA